AUGAAGAAUCUGCACGUUGUGUUCCUGAAAGCUGAAUGUUUAACCGAUCGUCUUCGACCUCGCUGUGUGACAUCACAAGGCGGAGACAAACAGACCAAUGAGCUGUUAGUGUGUCGGCAGGCGGAGGACAGAGGAUACGAGUCGUCCGUGUCUCAGGAGAAGCAGGACGCUCUGAAGUACAGCAGGAACGUGGAGUCCGAGCGUCCAAUCAGCCUCAAGACGGACAAAGCGGGUCGUCUCGUCCUGGAAACGCCAGACGACCUGCAGAACCUGCUGCUGCUGAGGAAGACCAAGAGAGAGCAGAAAGCUGCGAUCAGGAAAUCAGCUGCUGCUCAUCGUCCUGCUGCUGUCCAAUCAGUGCCGUACUACGUGGACGAGGACGACUUCCUGAAGGCCUGCGAUCAGAAGCAGCUGCAGGUGAUUGACAGGUAUCUGUCCACAGGGGGCGACGUCAACACCUGCGACUCGUUUGAGCGUACAGGUCUCCACAGAGCUUCCUCCAAAGGUCACACCGAGAUCGUCACCAAGCUGCUGGAGGCUGGAGCCAACGUCCACAGCCGAGACAAGCUUUGGUCCACUUGUGUCCACACUGCCUGUCGAGGAGGAAAUCUGUCUGUUCUUCAGCUUCUGUUGAAUCAUGGAGCCGAUAUUACAGCAACUGACAAGCUGGACAGCACUCCUCUUCAUGUCUCUGUGAGGACCGGACACUUUGACUGUGUGGAACAUCUGAUUCACUGCGGAGCUGAAAUCAACACACAGGACAAGGAGGGAGACACUCCACUUCACGACGCUGUUCGACUCAACAGAUUCAAAAUAAUCCAACUGUUGUUACUGCACGGAGCCAACACACACAUCACCAACCAGGAGGCUCGUACUCCUCUGGACGAGGUGCUGGAGUGGCAGAACGAAGUAAAGACUCUCCUCAUCGACCAGAGGAACAGGAAGUGAUGUCAUAACCAUGAUUACUGACAACCUGACUGAAGCUGAUUGGUUCCUGUAACUGCU